GUAAGGAGACAGGUAAGGCAAAUACUCUCUUAGUGGGAGGCAGAAAAAAUGAUAGCUUCACAGUCCAGUGUAGAAACAAAGUAGUGGACAGAAGGAGUAGAUGAUUGUAUGCAGUGAGACGGAGCUGUUCGGUAACAAUUGUGAAACAGAGUCCACAGGAUUCGGCAGAGAAAAUCUUACUCAGCGUUUUCACAUCUCUAAUGGUUCUGUAAGAUGCAGGACCCUGAGGUAUUGCCAACAACAACUUCUGAUGCAACAUUGGACAUACCUGAGACAGCUCUUCCUAAAGAUGAGGAAGUCUGGGAUGCAGCUCCAGAAUGUUCCAUUUGCUUCACCUCAUAUGAUAACACCUUUAAGACACCUAAAGUUCUGCAGUGCAAUCACACCUUCUGUCUGGAAUGCCUGUCUCGCUUUGUCGCUGUUUCACCAGAACAGAAAGCCACUCAGAUUAUCUGCCCCCUUUGCAGACAACCAACUUCUGUGCCUGAAAACGGUCCACCAGCUCUGAGCACCAGCCAGGAGGUUCUGGAGCAACUGCCAAGCCACCAGCAACAAGAGGAACAUGUAUGGCUAGAUGGAGAGAGGCUCUGCUACUCAAAUCCACAGUCACCCAAUGGUGUCUGCAUCGAAAUUGGGGGUAGCAAGCAACAGAAUGAGAACAGACAGGAGGAAACAGAGAAUAAUAGCAGCAGACUGAGGAAUUGCACACGUCUGGUCAGAACAUGGCAGCGACUGUUGAUCUUCCUUUUGGUUUUGGUCAUACUGCUUAUCAUAGUCAUCUGGCCCAUCCAGUGCAUCUUCAACCGGGGAUCGAUAUCAGGCUGCUUUAAGAAUCAGAACGAGCACACCAUUACCUUACCUACAGUUUCAACCAGUACAAAUAGGUGAAUGUUUCCAGGAUUCAAUUCUACUGUGAGGUUCAGUUUUGGAUUUAAAUGCAAACUUACUCAGGAAUAUUCAGUGCCAUAGUUACCUAAUGAUUACAGUCCAACUCUUCCACAAUCAGAGACUGCUACGUUCUGGACAUUAUGUACUCUGCCUUACAGCUUAAGCUGAAAUUGUUGGGAGUUUUAUAUAUGUUUUUCGUAUCAGUCUGAAAAAUCAAAGAUGGGGUAAAGAUCAACUGAGCCAAAAAUCUAACAAAUUGUUAUAGAUACGCAAAGGGUGAAACUUUAAAUUUGUUUGUCUUCCUGGUGUAGUUAUGACAAAUCCUUGGAUUUUUACUGUUGAAAAUCAAUAUUAGAAAUCAGAUUUUGGAAAAUAGUUAUAUAGGUUGAGGAAGAGUUUCUUGAAUGUAUUAUAAUGCUGAGGAAACAUACAGCAGCAAAAAUGUUCUUGCUUGGGAUUGUACUACAGCUCAUGAGCACAAUUUUCCAUUUCACCAUAUUUUAAGUAUGACUUAAAAAUAAUUAAAAUGUAUUUGUUUUCAAAUAAAAUCAAAUAAUUAAAUAGUUACCCCAUGGGCAGGUGUACAAAAGAGGCAGGGCAUAUAUUUAAUAUUUUGAAAAUGAAGACAGUAAAGCCAGUAUUCCUAGAAAUCCCUGUAUUAUACACUCUACAUUACUGUGUAUUGUUUAUUAAUGAUUUAUCAUUACAGCAUUUAUCCUGAAUGACUUACAGCAGUGCUUUGUAGUCUCAAUGGAAAACACCCUUAUAUUUGUAGAAAUAUUAACAUGUUAAUGUUGCAGGUCAACGCUUUUAAUCAGUGACUCAGGCCUUCAUUCAAGGAGAGGAAAUUUAUUCUGUAAUAAAAUAUUCUUCAAGGAGGGGAAAUUUAUUUAAUCUAUCACCAUGGUGCCAGUACUAAAAAAAGGGGGCUUAAUAUCUGAAGGGACUUCCUUGUUUUGUGAGGGAUGGCAGCUCAAGUAGACCUCGUAUGUUUGAAUUAUGUGUUACUGAGAAGUAUCUUCCAGAUUUAACAACAAAUAAUCCUGGUGAUCUCCUCAGACAUUCCAUGAUUUCUUCAUUUUCUAAAAGAAACAUAUAAGCAAUACAGUACCUGCAAAAUUAUUACUUAAAUAAUGUGAUCAGGACAUGUCACUGCUUUAAAAAUAUUUGUGAAUGGCCAGCGUGUGGAAACGUAAAUGUUCCAGGUUGUAUUAUGUUUGUAAUAAAAGGAUGACGGUGUUGUAAAGAUAGAGAAAUAUCUUGCUAUAUAAAAUAACUACUUUCAUACACUGUCAUAUUGACUGUAAAGCCAAUUCCAAGCUUUCCUGGAUUUGUAUCAUCAAGGAAAUAA